AUGUUCUACACCCAUGUGCUUAUGAGUAAACGAGGGCCACUGGCCAAAAUAUGGCUCGCAGCUCACUGGGAGAAGAAACUUACAAAGGCUCAUGUAUUUGAAUGUAAUCUAGAGAUAACCAUUGAAAAAAUUCUUUCACCUAAGGUGAAAAUUGCACUUCGAACUUCAGGACACCUUCUUUUGGGAGUUGUUCGAAUCUAUAAUAGGAAGGCAAAAUAUCUUUUGGCAGAUUGCAGUGAAGCAUUUCUUAAAAUGAAGAUGACAUUUCGCCCAGGACUGGUUGAUCUCCCAAAAGAGAAUUUUGAAGCAGCUUACAACGCUAUCACAUUACCAGAAGAAUUUCAUGAUUUUGACACCCAUAAUAUAAAUGCAAUUGAUGUUACAGAACACUUUACUCAAAACCAAAGUAGACCUGAAGAAAUUACACUAAGAGAAGAUUAUGCCAAUGAUCUACUUUUCCAAGCAGGGAGCUUUGGGGAAGAAUCUGAAAUUCUUAGAAGACAUAGCUUCUUUGAUGACAACAUAUUACUGAACUCCAGUGGUCCUUUAGUUGAACACAGUUCUGGAAGCCUUAUUGGAGAAAAGUCUUUGUUCUAUGACAGUGGAGAUGGAUUUGGAGAUGAAGGAGCUGCAGGAGAAAUGAUUGACAAUCUAUUGCAGGAUGAUGAGAAUAUCCUGUUAGAAGACAUGCCUUUGAACAGAGAAAUCUCCCUUCCUCCUGAGCCUCCCCAUGCUACAGUGGUAGAACCAGAUAAUCCAGAUUACAUGCGUCUACCUGAAAAUGAAAAAAUGAAUGAAACAACAUUAUUGUCAAAUGAAGAGGAAGGAUUUACUCUUGAUCCAAUCGAUAUUUCAGACAUUGCUGAGAAAAGGAAAAGCAAAAAGAGAAAACUGCUCAUUGAUCCAGUCAAGGAGAUCAGUAGCAAAACUAUGCAUAAGCAACUUACUUCCUUUGCGGAUACACUCAUGGUUUUGGAACUUGCACCUCCUACCCAGAGAUUAAUGAUGUGGAAGAAGAAGGGAGGAGUGGACACCCUGCUGUCAACUGCUGCCCAGGAUCUGACUCAUGCUGAACUGAAAAUGUUAUUUACAAAGUGCUUUCUGUCCUCUGGCUUUAAACUUGGAAGAAAAUUGAUACAGAAGGAGUCAGUAAGGGAAGAAGUGGGAAACCAAUACAUAAUAGAGGUCUCCAGGGUAGAAGAACCACAUUACCAGAAAGAGUUAAUUCAACCCCAAACUUGGAAGGAUGUGAUUGAUGAAUUUAAGGGUAACUCUCAUGAGAAUAUCAAUAAACAUAUUAACUCUGAGGAUCUUAUCAAAAUGGUUUAUUCAGCUGCUGAAGAAUCACCUUUGAUGAAUGCUUUCUUGACCCAAGAAAAUUGUCAGGUUGAAUUGGAGUCAUUGGAGAAUGAACAAAACACUGAAGCAGAGAAAUGGAAUAGAAGAUUACUUCAGAUGUUAAAUAGUUUGCGGGAAUCCAACAAGAUGGGAAUGCAGUCCUUCAGUCUGAUGAAACUCUGCAGAAAUAGUGACCGAAAACGAACCGCUGCCAAGUUUUAUAGCUUUCUUGUUCUAAAAAAACAGCAGGCUAUUGAGCUGAACCAGAGUGCUCCCUAUGCAGAUAUUAUAGCUACAGUAGGACCAAUGUUCCAUAAGUUGUGA